UAUGUCACCUGACAACAAAGGUGUGGUAACACAACAAAAGAUCAUUCAAACCAAGAUGGUGAGAGCCUGUCUUCUUCUUCUUUGCAUUGCCUUCUCAUCUCACUACCUGUCCAUGGCACUUGGCAGUGACAACCUCCAGGACACUUGUCCAACUGCCACACUGCCACUGCCAAACACCUUCAUUAACGGCUUCCCCUGCAAAAACCCAGCCACCGUCACUGCCUCUGACUUCAAAUCAUCGUCGCUCAGCCAGGCAGGCGACACAUCCAACAUCCCCGGCUCUUCCACGGCUAUUUUCACUGCUGCAGACUUUCCAGGGCUCAACACCCUCGGCCUAUCAGUUGCCAGGACCGACAUAGAUGUGGACGGCGUAGUCAUGCCCCAUUAUCACCCCAGAGCCUCUGAGAUGUUGUUUCUGAGCAAAGGUGUUGUGACUGCUGGUUUCACUGAUUCACAAAACAAAAUAUUUUUGAAGGAAGUUAGACAAGGUGAUGUGUUUGUGUUUCCCAGGGGACUUGUUCACUACUGUUUGAAUAUGGGUUUAGAAUCUGCUGUGGGUUUUUCUGUGCUUAAUAGUCAGAAUCCGGGUUUGGUGGGAGAUUUUGAUUCUAUGUUUGUGUCAGAAGGUGAGGAGGUGAUUAGCAAGUUGAAGAAGAGAUUGGUUUCUCUGUCUGCUUUGCAGAUGGAUCGUGUUGAAAAUGGGACUUUCUUUGGGUUUUAGGUAUUUGUAUAAUGGUUUCAUAGCAAUGCUAUGAAUACUUCAAACAAGAUUUGAUGAUUGUUUAUCGAUGAUUUUGUGUAAAACGAUUGUAUUUAUUUGUGUGA